GCAAGUAGGAAGUGUGGCCAGUAUGUUGACAUUAGAAUUCUAGCAUCUGAUUUGCAGAAAGCCUACAGUGCAGAAUAUGGACGAAGAAAAAGGAAUGCUUUUAGAAUACAAGUUGAAAAAGUGUUUGGAAUAAUCAGUAAUGAAAAAGAACAUGAAGAUUUAGCUUUAGAAGCUGAACAUGUGUCAAAAAGAGCAAGACAAGAUAAAAAUGAAACUUCAGGAAGUGCCACAGAUGACUCUGAUUAUGAUGAUCAUGCAGAAGACCUAUCUACAAAUCACAUGAACAGUUCCCUGCUGAGCUUAUACAAGAAAGGAAAUCCCGAUUCUCUUCCAACCACUCCAAAAAAUGAAGCAAUGGAAACGCCCCCUCCUGUGCAAGCAACACCUCAAACAAGCACCAUCUUACCAGGAACGCGAGUAGAAACACGCAUCUCUGAAGGGGGCUGGUUCAUUGAUAAAACUCCAUGUGGAAAAGACUUUUUCACUGACCUUUCAGAGGAUGGAGAAAGAAAUGAAAAUAAAGUGAUUUCUGAGAAAUCAACAGAAAUUUCUGUCUUGGAGAGUGAAAGAAAGAAGACAAAGGGUAAGAGAGCAAAAAGAAAAAAAGAAGAAUUUCCAAAUGUAGAUGAAGAAAUUAAUUCCAUCUUACUUAAAGAGAAAGUUAGAAGUAAGCAACCAGAUCUUUACCACCCUUCAGUGAAGUUCAAAGAUAUAGGAGGCAAUGAUGAAACUUUAAAGGAAAUCUGCAAGAUGCUCAUUCAUGUCCGUCAUCCAGAAGUCUAUAACCACUUAGGUGUGGUUCCACCUCGUGGUUUUCUUUUACAUGGACCACCAGGAUGUGGAAAGACACUACUUGCACAGGCAAUUGCUGGGGAGCUUGAGCUCCCAAUGCUAAAGGUGGCAGCCACAGAGAUGGUGUCUGGAGUGUCAGGGGAAUCUGAGCAGAAACUGAGAGAACUGUUUGAGCAGGCUGUGUCUUGUGCCCCAUGUGUCCUUUUCAUUGAUGAGAUUGAUGCAAUCACCCCGAAAAGAGAAGUUGCAUCGAAGGACAUGGAGCGGAGAAUUGUGGCUCAGUUCCUAACUUGUAUGGAUGACUUGAAUAACGUGGCUGCCACUACCCAGGUUCUUGUUAUUGGAGCAACUAACAGGCCUGACUCUCUGGACCCUGCUCUGAGGCGAGCUGGGAGGUUUGAUCGAGAAAUUUGUGUUGGGAUCCCAGAUGAAGCAGCAAGAGAAAAAAUUCUUCAGACUUUGUGUCGAAAACUUAAGCUCCCAGAGUCCUUUGAGUUUCAUCAUUUAGCACGGCUGACUCCAGGUUAUGUAGGUGCUGAUCUAAUGGCACUUUGUCGUGAGGCAGCUAUGUGCACAAUGAACAGGGUCCUGAUAAAAGCUGAGAAGCAGAAAAGGACACAUACACAUGCUGGAGGAAACACAGCUGAAGACAUGGGAGUAGGAGCAGACAUCCUGGUGGAAGAGGGUGCAAAAGACCUAGAACUUCCUUCUAAGGAUGAAUUGCAGAGACUUCUGGAUUUGCUGAAGAAACAAGACCCCUUGCCUGAGGAGCAGCUGCAGAAGCUGUGCAUUGAGAUGAAUGAUUUUAUUGUUGCACUGCCAUCAGUGCAACCCUCUGCCAAGAGAGAAGGCUUUGUCACAGUUCCUGAUGUGACAUGGGCAGAUAUUGGAGCCCUGGAGGAUGUUCGGGAGGAGCUGACAAUGGCAAUAUUGGCACCUGUGCAAAACCCAGAGCAGUUUAAAGCCUUGGGCCUGACUACUCCAGCUGGUGUCUUGCUUGCAGGGCCUCCUGGAUGUGGCAAAACACUGUUAGCUAAGGCCGUAGCAAAUGAGUCUGGACUGAACUUCAUAUCUGUGAAAGGUCCUGAACUACUAAAUAUGUAUGUUGGAGAAAGUGAACGUGCUGUACGCCAGGUGUUCCAGCGUGCCAGGAAUUCAGCCCCUUGUGUUAUAUUUUUUGAUGAAGUUGAUGCUUUAUGCCCUCGAAGGUCUGACCGUGAAUCAGGAGCCAGUGUUCGAGUAGUUAACCAGUUACUCACAGAGAUGGAUGGUCUGGUGAAUCGACAGCAAGUUUUCAUUAUGGCAGCCACAAACAGGCCAGAUAUAAUUGACCCAGCUAUCCUGCGUCCUGGAAGACUGGAUAAGACACUCUAUGUGGGUUUGCCACCACCCGAAGAUCGACUUGCUAUUCUAAAGACCAUCACCAAAGGUGGCACACGGCCUCCACUAGAUACUGAUGUAAGCCUUGAAGAAAUUGCUUACAGUCAACAUUGUGAUUGUUAUACAGGGGCAGACCUUUCUGCUCUAGUGCGUGAAGCUUCACUUUGUGCCCUGAGACAGGAAAUGGCCCUGCAGAAAGGCAAGAAAGGUAAGAAAUCUUUACAAAAAUCUUAA